UCUGUCAUGCGUACAUGCAUUAGCAGUGCAGGUCACAGGUUUGUAGGUUUGCACGGGUGUUGCUCAGAGUUUUACGAGCGACGUUCCCCCCGGACUCACCCCUGUUGACUUUCUCUGCUUGACAAACGACUUUGUCUCUUUCCAGCUGUUGAGGAUCUUACCGUGUAGAGCUCUGAUGAAAAAUAAGGCUUAUAAUGGACUGUUCUAUUGCCUUUUGCAGUUUGCUAAACUACAAACUUUUCUUAUUUUGUGCUAAACAACCUGACAUGACCCUGUAGUGAUGAAGACCUGAGGAGUUUAAUCUUCACUUCAACCCAAGCUGACAAAAGAUCUUAGAAUGGACGUUUGGUGUGGAAAGUGGCAGUGAUGGCUGCGGUGAUGCGAAACGUCUCCGGGAGCAAUGUGGAGGCCCAGCUGAUCUACGCCAUCACGCUGCCCGUUUCCUGUGCCAUCAUCCUGAUCAACCUGCUCAUAAUCCUGGGCAUCACCUGCAACCGGCAGCUUCACAACUCGCAGAACUACUUCUUCCUGAGCCUGCUGGUGGCCGACUUGUGCACCGGCGUGGCGCUUCCCUUCAUCCCCUGGAUGGGCCUAAACCGCACGCUCAGCUUCUCGUCCUGCCUGCUGGUGCACAUCUUUCCCAACUUUCUGUUCCUGGCCUUUCUGUUUAACCUUGUGCUGGUGCACUACGAGCGCUACCAGAGCAUCGUGAGUCCGCUUCAGCGCGGCCAGCUCUGGCUGCACCGGCGGUUCGUGCUGCCGCUGCUGGCCGUCUGGAUCCUGCCGCUGCUGUUUGCGCUGCUGCCUUCUUUUGGCUGGAACAACAAGCCAAUUCAUGAUCGGAAUGAGUGCUGUCCAAUAACCAACAGCACGGCGCGCUCUAACUGCGUAGCGCUGUCUGGAGAGCGUUGCUGUACAUACCGCAGUGUUUUUCCAAAUGCUUACAUCUAUUUGGAAGUAUAUGGUCUACUGGCACCCGCCAUCCUCUCCAUCGCUGCCAUGACGUGCCGCGUGCUGUGGAUCACACGGGAGCAGCUGAGGGACAUCCAGCGUCUGCAGCGAGCCGUAGCAAACAGGGAAUGCAGACGGAGAAUGGAAAUGCGUUACACUUGUUGUGUGGCGGCCGUUUCCCUCGCCUUCCUGACCUGCUGGGUGCCGUACAUCGUUUACACCCAUGUAGGCGUAGAGUUUUUGCUCCGACGGGGAGGAAAGAGUAAUCGCACUGGCCACAUUGUGCUGUCCUGCGUUGGCAUCGGGGGCAUUGCUGUCGUGCCCCUGCUUUUGGGACUCGCCAACAGGGAGUACACCGAUCCGAUCAAGAAACUGUUCCGUAAACUGUGGCACCGCUACAGAAAUACAAGUGUGCAAAUGGACACUAGCCUUCGAUUCAGUUGAUGUGACUGACUUUCAAUUAAGGGUUAUGUUUAUAGUAUUCAGCUUAAGAUAUCCAGAGCUGGGAUUCAUUUUCGUCUUUUCCAGUGAAUACUGGGACUGAAUGUCAAGAAAAGCUUAAAAUAAUCUUUGUUCAAUGAGUGUUUGUGUAGAAGCAACUGCUGUGACACUCAUCUCCACUGGACAGGGAGACUUUACGCACACAAGCCCAUCUAAAUCUGAAUCCAUCUAAAUAGUUCUGGAUUUAUUAAAAUAAAGUAGUUUAGACAUAAUAUACAAAAUACAAAAUCAACAUAAAUUUGUGAACAAAUCAUUAAAAACAAUCAAAAACAAGUCAUAAUAUCCCUGACUGAUUGAACCGGCUUUACGGAGGCUCUCUUGAGCUGCUGAUCAGACCUUUGCAGAGGUUAGGAGGUCAUUUGAAUAAAAGCUGUAUUUAUUUCUAGUUUAGGCUUUUUUUUUUUUUUUUGCCCCAUACAGAUUUUCGGUCAUAGACAGAUGCUUGUUUUUGUUGAUGCCUAUUUUUAUUAGGAAUACUGCUUCUUUGGAUUGUUUUAAGGAACUUCUUAAGACUUAGGAACAUCUUUUUAGUAAAGUUUUUUGUUUAUGAUUUACUAUUGUAAUUUUUCUGAUAUUAUGUAUUUUUGGAUUGAUUUAUUUUGUUCUGUACAUGUUACAGCGCUUGGAGUUUGGGAAAGGUGCAUUACAAAUACAUUUUAUUAUUAUUAUUAUUAUUAUUAUUAUUAUUAUUCUAUGGCAGUUUUUCCCACAUGAAAUCCAUUAGUUCUUCUGUAAUUUCCAGUUGUUCUAGUUGAAGGCAGCAGAGCAACAAAUAGGAAAUGUUAAAAAGGGGUAUGUAAAUACUGAAGUAAAUUUGUUAUUUCAAAAUAGAUAUUUAUGCUUAAAUCUGCCAUCAGUUUUAC